ACGAUACAAAAAGCGUACUAUGCAUUUCAGCCUGGUCAACGCGGUUGUUAAUCCUUUGCAUGUAUCGAGGGCUGCAUUGAUGCAAAACCCUCACGAGCUAACCAGCCAGGCAUUUAACUGAAGCCAUUUUGAAAUGUUGCGAUUUUGUCACGUUUUUUUGGGGUACUAGCUGGCGCUCCAAGUGUGCAAAUAGAACAUGAAUUUAGAGAUCGCGAAUUUAUAUCAAUGGCCUUUAAAUUGGUAAUAGCUAGCGUCUGGCUAGCCAUAUGCUUGUUUUAUAUUUAUUGCAUGUUUACGUUUAUGGUGUAUGAUUUGGUCCAUUUUAGGCGCAUAAUUGUUUUAUAUCAAUAUUAAAUUAACGACUAAAUGGUUUCAUUUUUAAAUGCAUAUUUAAUGUCAUUUCUGUUUUGAACGGGCUCGUGGCAGCGAGCAGCCAUCAGCCCCGCUAAUACAGCGAGCAUCUAAAAAUAGCGCCCCGUUAUUGACACAAACACCCAGCAACGACAAGCGAGCCAUAUUUAUCCUGCCAGUACGGCAAACUCAUUCCGCCAGCGCUUAACGCGGGAAUAUGGCGACGGCUGCUCCGCUGCUUACAGGCACCGUGCCUCGCUGUGGGUUUUUGUGACAUCGGGGCUGUGCGUGUGCAGCCAUCCCUCCUUCAGCCCCUCGGUUCAGCCCAUUCUGCCAGGUGUCGUUGCCAAGGCAACCCGCCGAGGGGACUACGUUCAUUCACGCCGACCCGAGCUCCGGCGCGGUGCGGGCGCGUGCCGACGCCAGGUCACGUGUCGAGGCGUCAGGCGGAGGUGACAGGUGCCCGAGUCAUCAGAAACCAAGAAACCGAGCAGCGCAGAAAUGAACCAGAACAUCUGACGGAAGAACAAGCAGAUACAGCGAGGAGCGGCGCUUACGCUGAGGUGUACAGACGGAUGGGUUCUCCGGUCGCCUUCCCAUCCCAGCUCCGUAGCACCUUGCCAUGGUAACAUUCGUAACCAAGCACAUCAAGAGCCCUAGUCUGGACAGCCAAACGCGCCGCGCAGCUUUCUCUCCUGAUCUGUGUACAGUGGACCCCGACAGCCCAGGAAUUUGCCGUUCCACAUAUGGAUUGAUGCCAGAAAGCAGCUAUUGGCAGCUGUGCCCUCCUCCCAAGCCUGGCCUGCAGGGGGCGCUCAGCUCCAGUUUCCCCCCUAACCCGGUUCCCCUGGGCCCUCCAGCGGCCUCCCUCCCCGAGAGGGAUGGCUCCCGGCAGCUUGUGGUCCCCAGCCCCCCGGCAAGCGGCCCACCCCUGGCCGGAGCUCCGGCCCCGCCUCCGGUCCCCCCGCCGCCCCCGGUUCCGCCUGCCCCCCCGCCUCCCUCCAAGCGGCACUGCCGCUCGCUGUCGGUGCCCGAGGACCUGGCCCAGUGCCGCCUCACCUGGAGGCCCAGCGCCUCUAAGAUCUGGACGCCGGUAAAGAGGCGCUGCCAGAGCGGGGAGUGUGCAGGGGGGGCGUGUCCCCUGCGGGCGUCGCCCAAGCCGGCUCUGCACUCCUCCUCCAGCCCCACCUUCUACAGCCUGGCACUGAGCCCCGACUCCCCACUUCCUUGGGGUUUCCCCUGGGAUCCCGCCGACGCCUCUGCCACCACCGCCGUCGCCACCGGGGGCAGCAGCAGCUGCUGCUGCUUCUUCACCCCGCCAUACUCCUGCUCCUCCUCGCCCUCCGCCCUCUCGGCGCCACCGGCCGCCCAGCGCCGCUUCUCUCUCUCACCGGUGCACAUCCUGGAGGCCGCCGCCCACUUCCUGCCGCCGGGCCCGGCCCCGCCCCGCGCCGCUUCUGCCGCCGCCGCCGCCGCCCGCCCCUCGGCCGUGCCCCCGUCGCCCUCGUCCUCCUGCAGCACGCCCUGCUCGCUGCGCCGCGCCACGCCGCCGCAGCACCCGCGAUGCCACUCGCAGCCCUGCGAUCUGCUCCUGCGCAAGCCGGGCCUGAAGCGCCGCCGCGACCCGGAGACGAGGCCCUGCGCCCGGCCCGAGCUCGACUUCAGCAAGAUGACACAGACUCGGAGUAGCGACCCGCUGAGCCUCAUGGAACAGGGCAGGCUUGGCUACGGCGAGGACUAUGGGGGCACGGAGCCAUUUUGGAGGGACUUCCGCGGGUCGUUCUCCCCAGCCGAGGGGCUGGGGCGAUCGAGCAUCGGGCCACUGAGCGAGAGCGAGGAGGAGGGGGAGGGAGAAGAGGGCGAGGAAGAAGAGGAGGAGGAGGAGGAGGAGGAAGCUAAAGGUAGCAAUGAAGGGGGGCAGCAAAGUGUUUUUGAGAGGGACUGUACGGACCUGGACUUAACCCUCAUUGAGGAGAAUUAAUAUGGUUCGUGGGAUGUCCAUUCUCCAUCGCCAGCAUCCGAAGCUCUGCUUCCUUUGCCUCGGUCCGCUUCCUCCACGUUGGAAGGGCUCUCAGGAACUCAGCUGCCCUUCAGGCGGACACAAGCAGGGUCAAAAAACAAAAAAAAACAAAAAAAAGAUAAGUGACAUUACUGAGAAGAAUGAAUGCAGAUCGCCCCAUUCGCUGUUCCUCCAAAGGAAUCCAUUCCGUGACCCGGGGUCAGGUGCUGCAAUGCUAACUAAUUGGAGCGCUGGAAAUUCGAGAGGUUCCUACGCCAUGUAUUAUGGGUAUAAUGUCCUCCACUAUCCCACCGUGAACUGACAGAGAGGAACAUGGCGGUAGACUGUCCUGGCUGGUGCAGCAAAGUCGUUCACGUUUUCCUUCCGUCUAUCCGUCAUCACUUUCUCCUAAUUGUGUGAUUUGGAGCUUUCUUUUCUUUUUGUAGCAACGACUUUUACUUUUUUUAUACUGGAUAUCUUUUUUGUUUCCAGUUGUGAAUAUAAAGAGAUGUCUGUACCACAUUGCACACUUCCAUUUCUGCAGUUCUUUUUACCCGCUGUUAAUAUCUCUUGGGAGUCUGCAUAAGCCUUAAGAAAACACCAGAUUUGUUUUCACAGUAUUACAAAUUGGAACUUGUAGGUGUUCUAUGGGUUAUUUGAUAUUUUCUGCUGUUUUCUUAAUCUGUAUGACCUCAUUUUUUCGCUGGGAUAAAAAACCGAUAUGGAUAAUGCACUGUAUUUGAAAGGUUUAAGGAACUGAAAGAGCUGCCGUUGUAUUCCGAGGGCACAAAGUACUGUUGUGUUGUACAGUGAUUGUUUGAUUAAUACCAUUGUUUUUAUUUUUAUUUAUUUUAUUUGUCAAGGUGCCAGCUAGGAGGACUGAGACGUUGGUGUCUUUUUGGAUUUUUUUUUUAUGUGUUACAGAAUUGCAGUUUGUGUACAAAUAAAGUUUAUUGAAGAUUAUUUUACAAUGAAA